AAAGAGUUCUCGGAAUUUUAGGCUUGUGUGCGAUUCGUAGGCUGCGUCAUUUCAAUGUUAUGUACUGCGAAAAGUGAUACUCCGUUAUUCACGAAUCAUAACGGCAUUGCAAUCACUAUCGAGUUUAGAAUACUUCCCCUUUCCUCUUUCUUGCCAAAUGCGGAUGGUAUGUUCCAUUAAUGUACAACACAAUCGUAUAUUUAACGCAGUAUAUAUAUUAAAAUAUACGCACUCCAUAUGUUGCACAAUUUUAUUACAUGUAAUUGCAAGUUAACUUUACUUAUUUUCAUUAAUAAAACGAAACUGAUGCUAUGAAAGAUACUUAGAGUAGAAAAAAUAAUUGCAGGUUUGAAGACAUUUUUAACAAUAAUUCAAAUAAAAUGAAUAGUACAAUCACACAUUGGAACUUGGAGAAUGAUUCAAACUUAAAAACUUCAGAGAAUACACAUUUAUCACUAGCUGAUGUAACACAUGAUAUAAGUCAUGAUGAAGUAGAUAAUAUUGAUUACCGUUUUGAAGCAGCAAGACUUCAGAGUUUUGAAAAUUGGCCUAUAACAUACAUUGAACCUGAAAAGCUUGCAGCUGCAGGAUUCUAUUAUACAGGUGAAAGUGACAGAGUGAAAUGUUUUGAAUGUCAAGUUGAGAUAUGUAAAUGGGUAGAAGGUGAUAUACCCAUGGUCGAUCAUCAGAGAUGGUCUGCAAGGUGUAGAUUUAUUCGUAAACUGAACUGUGGUAAUGUACCCAUUGGAGUAGAUCCUGGUACAGUGAUACCACCAAUACCAAGAAGUAGGGAUGUAUGUGGUCCUUAUGGUUUAGAAUAUCGACCUACAUCUGGUCCCGAUGACCAUAAUUUUUCAAUGGAAGUACAACUACCAAACACAGCUAAACUUGGCUGUUUAGGUCUGGGUAGGACUAAGGGACCAGCACAUCCAGAAUAUGCUAGUUAUGAUGCUAGGUUACACACAUUUUUAACGUGGCCUAAAUCUAUGCCACAAACAAAAGAACAAUUAGCCGAUGCAGGCUUUUUUUAUACUGGGAAAGGUGACCAAACCUUGUGUUACCACUGUGGAGGUGGUUUGAAAGAUUGGGAACCAGAAGAUGAUCCUUGGGAGCAACACGCAAAGUGGUUUUCUAAAUGCUGUUAUUUAUUAAUCGUUCAAGGGCAAGAUUAUGUAAAUAAAAUAACAGGCCAGCAUAUAUCUCCACCUUCUAAAGAAGAAACAAUGCAGAUGAAUCUACCCAGUUUUAUUAGGAAAGUACAACCUACAAUGGUAGAAGUAGACAGGAAAGAAGAGACAGAAAGCAAACCAGGAUCUAGUUCUCAAAAUAAUGAUAUUUGGGAUAUUGCAAGCAAUACAGAACCCAUAAAAAGAAGUUUGGAAUCCAAGCCAGCAGAAAAUCCAUCAAAUAUAAAAACACAAAAUACCAAACCUACUGAUGAUGCAAGAAUGUGCAAAAUCUGUUAUAACGCAGAAUUAGGAGUGGUAUUUUUACCAUGUGGACAUAUGGUUGCUUGCGUAAAAUGUGCUCCUGGCAUGAUGAUUUGUGCAGUAUGCAGACAACCUGUUACAAUGACUGUACGAGCCUUCAUCUCAUAGUAUUCAAUUGAAUGUAUCGGGUGUAUAAAAAGUAAGUGUAAAAACCACCAUAGUAUAAUUCUACAUCUCUGUAUCAGUGAAAAUUUGUAAAAAGAAAUUCGUACAAAAAUGACUAUGACCUUGAAUUUUAAGGUCAGACAUUUUUUUUUUACCUUAUAUUCUGUUCAUCAUCAAGAUAAAAAACUUUAACCCUUUGCGAACUACCGUCGCAUAUAUGCGUUCUGCGUAAACCAUCAAUUUGGCCGAGUAACUCAUAUAUGCGUUUGGCAAAAACAACUGAUAGAGCCGAAAGACUCAUGUAUGCACAUAUAUAAAAAACUCAUAUGUGUGUCAUUUUAUUUAUCCUGUGGAAAUUCUGUGCAUGUACAUAUGGCUAGAAUUUGAGAUCUUGGAGUGCUAUGAACGAAAAUCGCGUCUAAGCAGAAAUGUGCGCUGGCAAUUUUAAAUGACUAUCGCGGCAGCGGCUCGACUCCACGGUACGGUUGACUUCGAACCGUCCCAUCCGCAAAGGGUUAAGGAACCAUGGAUCGCAACUCAACCGUUCUCUUGGAAGAAAAUGUUAAAGUUCCAUUAAUUUUUGAACUUACUUUAUUUAUAAUGUGCUUACAUUCUGCGAUCAGAUGCAGGUAAAAUAGCAUCUAUCGUUGCGCAUAAAUAACCCAUAUCCACGAUUAUAUAUCCUAUAUUUGUUCCUCCUUCCUUUUUGUCUUCUUUCUUCUUUUUUUCUAUUUAAACCGCCCCGAACUCGUAUUUGUACAUUUCGACUAAGUUUCUCCUCGAGAUUACGUAUUGACUUUGUAUGAUAAAAACCACAUUGAAUCG